AAACUGAAAACCACUUCUUGGAGAAGAAACGCUGAUGCGGCAGAGUGAGUGCAUCAUACGCGGUACUGUAUGUCAACGCCAGAUAUGACCCCGCUGCAAAGGCGGUGGGAAGACAAGGAAGUUGACUCAACGAAUCAAGUGGCAGAAGGAUGCAAUCAUAGUGGAUGUAAACUAGUCGACAAGUUUAUUUGCAACACUUGCUGCAAAUUUCUCAACAUUGCGCAUUUGGCUACGACCUGCAAGGCAGACAGUCCAAGAUAUUUCGUCUGUUUAAAUUAGUUGAUUAAAGCAACAGUAUUGUCUAUUUAGUUGCUGUUUUGAAACCCAUGCAAUUAUUUCAUAUUUCACAUGAUUUCCACUUUUAUCAAUAGGGCUAUUGAGCUCUCCUUUGUACUGCGGCCGGUAGCACUUGCACGCCUUGCCAAAAUAAUGUGAGCAUUUGGAUUGUAUUUCACAAAAAAAGGUAAACGUGUCGCUGUAAUGAAGUUAAUAUGAACAUUUCGAAUAGUCUGCAAUGGUAACCGGGGAAUGUGGAACAACCAUGCAUCAAAUUCUGCGGAGGAGAAAAGUGCGCAAACUUCGCUUCGUCUGGGUAUUCAUGGCCAUGGUGGCUCUGUCGCUCUCCGCUUGCAGCGCAAUGUUUACGGCGUGGACCUGGAGACAGACGCGAGACCUGUCACAGUCAUUAAAAACUCUGCACGACCGAUUGGAGCAGGUGAAUACUCAGCGGAAGGCCAUUGUCCAACUCAUCAUGGAGAAGAGAGAUUUGCUGGUGGGCCAAAGGGUGAAGAGAGAUGGGGGAACUGGAAAAGGGAAGAAUGGACAUGGAAAGAAAGUGGCUUCUCAGUUUGAGAUAACCAAAGAGUCUGUUCAGAAAGUGGGAGAGGACGGCUUGAUAAAAGGAUGGACGGACUCCGAGCACUUGAAUAUGAGCAAGGCGGUGAAGUACAAUGCAGACAGAGGCAUCUUCACAGUUGAGAGAACGGGAGUCUACUUCCUGUACUGUCAGGUGUUGUUCAAUGAGAACCAGUCUCAGCUGGUGAAGCUGGACGUGGCGGUGGUGAGGGGGAGCCAGCGGCUUCAGAGGUUACAGUGCAUGGAGGGCUACGGGACUACGCCUGCAGCCGGAUCACACCAGUUCCACUUCCUCAAACCCUGCCAGGUGUCCGGCCUGCUGCGGCUGGAGAAGGGGGUGGAGCUAAAAGCCAUCACAGGCCCCGCUUUCAACCUCCACAUCACGGGAAAGCAUUACUUCGGUCUCUUUAAGGUCAACUGAGCUACAGGAGAGGAUGGGCAUUUUAAAAGGAAGGAGGAGAAACCUGUUUUAAAGGAAGUGUUUUGUCUUAUUCCGACCUGUAUCGAAGAGACACACCAAUGUGAUAUUUCCGGAUUCGUUUUUAUUGUGAAAUCUGGACCAAUGAUCUGAAUCGUUGGAAUAACUAUGAAUCAUGUUACCUAUAGACACUCUGUAUGAUACCUUUUCAAAGACAGAAACUACAAGGAAGAAAGUGAAACUAUAUUAUGCACUUCUGGACUCUCCAAGAGUUUCUACCCCUGCUUCUUUGAAGAUUUAAAACGAAUGGAAUAUUCUCUGAUGGAGCUCUUUUGGAGCACAACACAUCCACCUGACUCUUCUUUCACCGUGACUUGGCCUGAAGACUGCGGGUGCACCUCUCUGAGGAGCUACGCUGGUGGACUACUGAAUGAGAAGGAUUUUGGAUAAUGAGCUCUACAACUCUUGUCUCUUUUCCAUUGUAAUCCUAGCUUAGGUUAUUUCAGUAGCUUGGAGAUAAUAUAAGCAGCCCAACCCCCCCCCACCCCAUUCAGAACAGCCUCAGUUCGUCAGGGCAUGAACUAUACAAUGUGUCAAAAGUUUUCCACACGGAUGUUGGCCCAUGUUGACUCCAAUGCUUCCCACAGUUGUGUCAAGUUUGCUGGAUGUCGUUUGGGUGGUGGACUGUUCUUGAUACACAUAGGAAUGUGUUGAGCGUGAAAAACCCAGAAGCGUUUCAGUUCUUGGCCCCUGUUCAAAGGCACAUAAAUCUAUUGUCUUGCCCGUUCACCCUCUGAAUGGUGCACAUACACAAUUCCUGUCUCAAUUGUCUCAAAGCUUAAAAAUCCUUCUUUACCCGGUCUCCUACCCUUCACCCCUUCAUCUACACUGGUUGACGGGGAUUUAACAAGUGACAUCAAUAAGGGUAGGGAUCAUAGCUUUUUUAUGUCAUGGAAGGAGCAGGUGUUCUUAAUGUUUUGUGCACUCAGUGUUUAUCAUCUUACCGAAAGAAUGCAUCUCAAUCUGCUAAUAUUAUAGGCCUAUCGUAUAUAAUUUUCAGAUGCAAAUAUUGUUCUGUUCACAUUCAACUAAACAGCGAUGCGCACCUUGGCUCAAGCCUAAAAACCGCCAUCAAAAGUCCAUUAUAGUGCACUGUGCUAUGAGACGCAUUGGAUUGAACCUUGACCUGUAUGUGAAAAUAAGGGUCAACCUGUGGAGAUAUUUCAUGGUGGAAAUAGAAAUGAUUUUGUAUAUUAUAUUCACAAUACUUGUACUCAUUCCAAAGCGCUCUUACGUGCCAUUUGCAGCAGUAUGUUUUGAAUACAGACAGUACAAACAAAGUAUUUCUAUCAGGUGGUUUGGUUUAAUGUUUCACCACUCCUACUCUGGUUUAUAAGUAGUAUGUGGGGGACCACAUUGGUUUCUGCUCAGCAAUUUCCACACAUGCACGCACACACGUAUGCAAACACACACACACACACACACACACAGCAAAAGUCAAGUGAUUAUGGAUUCCAGCUCUAAACGUCAUUUCUCAUCAUUAGAUCAAAAGUGUAAAAUUUGGUUUUGUAAUGUAUACAUAGUUCUUGUUUGAUUUCCUAAUCCUUCUCCGCUUCCCUUUUGUGUUUACCCACUUUGCACCUCUCCUCACACACACAGACACAGACACACACACACACACACACACACACACAGCUCCUCAACUCUCACUUCCUGAUUCCGAUCUUGAACCAAAUAGCUGAAAGCGUUUGAUGAAAAACAUGUCGGGUACUUCCCUCCCCAAUUCCUUUUAUUUCAAAUGUCAAAGUUUAUUGCCACUUCAAAAAGCCUUAUUUUGCACAAUGAGGCCUUUCGCUGAGAAGUCUUAACAAGUAGGGCAAGGUUGAAGAACCAGUGAGGGGAUAUUGUGUAUAUUCAUGUUUGCGAAAUUAUGUCUGAAAUGCUGGUUGUUGUUCUAAACUCACUUCCUAUAAAAAUGUUAACCUUGAAAACGUU